CAAAAUUCCAGUGCAUUAAUUAAUUACUAGCAAUUGACUCCAAGUCUUCCAUACGGAAUUCACACGACAAGACCCAACUCAUAUAUUUUCUGAUUAACAUCUCAUCUGAAGCCAUGUCUACGCCGAUGGAAUAUUACAGGAGUAUACCUCCAGUGACCAAGACAUAUGCAGUCGUAUGUUUGUUGACAACUGCUGCUUACCACUUGGACCUUUACGAUCCACGAACCAUUGCUCUUUUUUAUUCCGAUAUUUUUAAAAAGUUUCAGGUUUGGAGACUCAUCACACCUUUCUUCUUUCUAGGACCAUUUUCUCUACCAUUUGCGUUGCGUCUCUUAACUAUAUUACUUUACGGAGUUCAGUUAGAGAGGGGACCUUAUGACAAGAGGACAGCAGAUUUAGCAUGGAUGUAUAUUUUUGGAGCAAUGACUCUCCUGGUCAUCGUAGCAAUUCCAUAUUUGUGGCAUCCAUUCACGGGGCCAUGCUUAGUUUACGUGCUGGUUUACAACUGGGCUCGAGAAUUCCCAAAUGCUCGUGUCAAUGUCCACGGUCUAUUCGAGUUAAAGGGUUUUUACAUGCCUUGGUAUAUGUUAGUAGUAGAUUUGCUUGUUGGAAAUCGUAUUAAACAAGGUUUGAUCGGCAUUGGCGCUGGGCAUCUUUAUUACUUCUUGUCAGUACUCUAUCCCAUUUCUUCGGGCAGGAGGACUCUCAUCAAAACUCCUCUAUGGGUUCAUAACUUGAUUGCUUUUUGGGGAGAGGGAUACCAAAUGAACUCACCAUUAAGAAACUCGAAUCAAGCCGAUUCGGAUGGUGGUGGCGCAUUUCGUGGUAGAAGCUACCGCUUAGGCGGCCGGUAGUCUAGACAUAUAUUUAUAUAAUUAUAAACACAAUAUGCUAUCACUCCUUUUCAUAUUUCUACACUACACAAGCACUACAAGUUGUGUAUAUGCUAUGCCCAAGAAUGUAUUACCUUUGUUAUGGUUGCUAUAUUGAUCUAUAGAAUUGAUGUUUGAGCACA